CGAGUACUCAUUACGUAAUACAGAUAGUUCAACGCGAAGUAAGAGCACUGUGAUAAAGAACGGGAAACAGCAACUUUUUUCAUGGUUUGACAUAAUUCGCUYCCAGAGAAUUUAAAGUUAAUGUUAAGAAAUUGUUUUAAGUUCAAGUUUGCAUCAGUUAUAAUUUUCCGCAGCUUUUAGUUUCSUAUAGGUUCUUGAAAUAUGCAGAAUUACGCAGAUGUUCUGAAGGACUUCGUAGAAAAGCACAGUACGGGUCUCACAGUCGCUGCUGUUGCAGGAAUAGGGAUUCUAGGUUUGCGAAGAUGGAUGGCAGGAGGGGUCUGUCGGAGCAAGGCCAGGCUGGACGGCAAGACAGUCCUGAUUACAGGAGCAAACACUGGGAUUGGGAAAGUGACAGCCAUGGAUAUGGCUCAGAGAGGUGCCAGAGUGAUCAUGGCCUGCAGAGACAUCCCCAAAGCCUACAGUGCAGCAGAUGAAAUUCGUCAAAAGACUGGGAACAAUAACCUUUUGGUAAAGAAACUGGACCUCGCCUCACUGAAGUCUGUCAGGGAGCUCGCUAAGUACGUCCAAGAGAAUGAGAAACGCCUGGACAUCCUCAUUAACAAUGCAGGUAUUAUGAUGUGUCCUAAGUGGCAGACGGAAGAUGGUUUUGAAAUGCAGAUUGGUGUCAACCACUUCGGGCAUUUUCUCCUCACCAAUUCUCUUCUCGACCUGUUGAAGAAAUCAGCUCCAAGUCGUGUUGUUGUUGUUUCAAGCGUCGCACACGUUACAGGUCGCAUUCACUUCAAUGACAUUAACCUAGACAGAAACUACGAUAAUUUGGUAAGCUAUCGGCAAAGCAAGCUGGCAAACAUUCUCUUUGCCAGGGAAUUGGCUGCAAGACUGCAAGGCACCGGCGUGACAGUGUACAGUCUUCACCCUGGACUGAUUCGCACUGAGUUAGGUCGCCACCUGUUCCCUCACUGGUCUUGGUGGAAGAGGACGAUGGCCUCAGUCCUGAUGAUGUUUGUUAAAAGUCCCUGGGAAGGAGCCCAAACCAGCAUCUACUGUGCUGUGGAGGAGAGUCUGGCAAACGAGAGCGGCCUCUACUAUAGCGACUGUGCUCGCAAAAAGCCUGCAGCUCCAGCUCUAGAUGACGCUGCUGCCAAAAGGUUGUGGGACCUCAGUGUCUCCAUGGUUGGUCUUUCCUAAACAUGGCCUCACUUCAGCAACCUCUUCCUUCCAGUGGAGUUGGUAACCCUGUUUACACGGGAGUACAAAGAGCUUCAAUUUAAUAUAAUUUUUUAAUCACUAAUGGGUAUUUCAUUAAUUAAGACUUUUCACAUGCUUGUAUUUCAAAGCACUUAAAUGUUUUCAGCACAAUUAUUUGCACUAUUUACUCUUAUUCCAGUGAAGUAACACUUGCUAUAAAGAGGUGCUAAGCUUUAUUUUUAUAUCACAAACAAUUUCUAUAAGCAUGAUUAUUAUUUUUUUCUUUAAUUGUACUAGAGGUGUAAGAAUACAUGUGUUAUUGCCAAACUGUGACAGUCUGAUGUUUGCGCUCAGAUUUAUCAGUUGCAGGCCAUCACAGGUCUUGUGGACAAGAGGACGGACAUAAGGCUUUUUUUUUACAAUCUGUUUAAUACCAAAAGAAAACAUUAGUCAAUGCAAAAUGUUAGUUAAAGCAGUUCAAGCGUUAGACAUGUGGCUGUUUCAAUCAAACAUCCAUCAAAUGUAGGCUCCUCAAACGGCUGUAGGCGACAAAUUAAAACAGCAAAAAAGUAUAAAAACUUUACAAAAAUCAACCAUUGUUCCACAGAUUAGAGAUGGAUAGUUCUGCAAACUACUUCAGAAGAGUUUGUAAGGUACUCUUCUAGCUUUUCCACUCCACAAAUAUCCACGUUACUCACCUGUUUUGCUAAUGUUAUCAUAUCACGUCAAAAGAAACCAUUGCACACAUUAAAUCUGUUUGAUUAGCAAGUUAAGGGUGUGUAAGUAAAGGACACUGAUAUAGUUUAAGAARCAAAAGAUUUUAACAAGACAGAAGCUUGGAGACUUAUUUUAUGUAAUCAAAAAUAUAAAAAAAAUUUGUGAUGUUGCAACCACUUGCUGCAACAGUGAGCAGCAAGUGGUUCAUUUAUGGAAACUCAGACAGCCAUUUAUGAAUAUAUGAAUGAAGAACUUUACCCAGUAUUUUAGGGUAUUUAUCAUGAUGUCUCUAAAAAGCAUUUGAAAAUGUGUCAGUCUGAAAUCUUGCAUAAUCACUUGAUAUCAAAAAUGUCACUUUCCUCCACAAAUUCCACUAAAUCCUGCUACUAUGAUGCUACGGUGCAUGACAUUUGCACAUUUUAAGAUAAAUGAUGAUUUAGUUAUGCCUCUGUAGAAAUAUCAGUAGAAAAUAACUUCAAACAGUGACAGCCCAGUGUUUGCAAAAUAAAGCUAGCAAUUAUACCUUAUCUUUCCAUGUACUUUUACACCCAUAUUUAUCACUUAAAUGUUCUAAUUAACCCGUUAUUUAGAUGAUUGUGGAUGAUUUCACAAAGCAAUAUUUUUUAACAAUGUAAAUUCACUGCAAAGCCACAGAUUUUCAAGAAUGCACAAGAAGCAAUUACGGCUUUAAAACCUUUAUUGAUGGUAUUUUAUAAAAGAAGAGAACUUUUAGUUUCAUGUUCAGUUCUAUGUCAGCUCAAGAAGUAAAAAAAAAAAAAUGCAGCAAGAGGUUUUCUGUAAAGGAAAUGGCUCUUGACCCGUGACGACAGCACUUGUAGGAUUGUUGCACUUUUAGAAGAGAUGAGAUCCUGAGAAUGUAAACGCCUCUGGGGCGCAGAACAGAUUGGAAGAAGAAAUGCAACGAAGAGGAUUGCACAGCUCACCCUAACAUGAGAUAAUGUUUGUGAUGCUAAGACAAGGCUGUUUUUUUUAUUCCUUUAAUUUAAAGAUUUUCUGUGUGUGAUAGUGGUAACUGAGCUCACAAGGUGCUAAGUGUACAAUAUGAAGCCACCAGCAGUGUAAUAUUCUCACUAAUAAAAGUCCAAAGAAAAGAGACAUUUUUGUGUCAGUUUGUAGAUCUCAAAUGCAAAGACAUUCUCAGCUUUUGUCAAAAUUGUGUAUUUGAAUCAGGCUAUUCUAAUUUUGUUUUAUGUUUUUAAACUGAAUCCUAAAUUAUAUAUAUUUGGGUAUUUAAAAAAGAAAACUUAAGUUCAUAUGAUCAAAUGAAAAUGAACAAAAUGUUUGGAASAAUUACUAAUCUGAUAACUUGUGCUUUAUUUUGAAAGUAAUGAUUUUUCUGAAUCAAAUAUGCAGUUAGAUUGCCUAACUGCAUACUUGAAUGUUGCUACCAUUCAUACAUAACAAUUCCUAUAAAGCAAGUCUAUUUGUA